AAUGUGCCUAUCUUUGAUCUAGACUUUGAUGCUAUCCUUGCUGCCAUGUAUGAUUUUGCUGAUAUUACUGAGGGUGACUGUUACCUGCGUGUCCCGCCCGACCCGGGCACUGUGGCUGCUGCUCUGGGUGCUAGUGCGGCUGCUGCUCUAGGUGCUAGUGCGUCUGCUGCUUCAGGUGCUGGUACGUCUCCUCUCUCUGGUACUACACCAUUUGAGUCCUUUCACACCUUCACACUUGACUCUGGUGCUUCGCGCUCUUUCUUUAGAGACAGCACCACGCUCACGCCGCUCCGUCGGCCUGUUGCGGUCUCCCUUGCUGACCCCUCCGGGGGCCCAGUCCUUGCACACUCCUCCACGGUUCUACCGUGUCCUGCGGCCCCGUCGGGCUUGCUGUCGGGACUCCACCUCCCCUCGUUCUCUACGAACUUGGUGAGUGGAGCUGACCUCCAGGACGCGUGGGUUGACCAGUUCACCCCUGGAGGUCAGCGUGUGACCCACUGCACUUGCUCUCGGAAGGGCCGCCACCUGGCCACGUUCACCCGUCGGCCAGGGUCGAGUCUGUACACACUGACUACUGCGCCUCCUCCGGUCCCUACGUCUGGUCAGGUAGCUGUGUCCAGUCAGGUGUUUGCUGCUGCGUCCAGGUCUAGUCCUGCGUCUGCCCCCUGCUCGUGUUGUCCUCUGGCGCACGAGACUCUCCUUUGGCACCACCGCCUUGGUCACCCCUCCCUGCCUCGUCUUCGAGGUAUGGCCUCCCGUGCUCUUGUCUCUGGCCUCCCCAGGUCCCUCCCUCCCCUUCCUCCGGGGCCUGCCCCCACCUGUGUUCCUUGUGUCGAGGGCCGGCAGCGCGCCGCUCCUCACUCCUCCUCGUUUCCUCCGACUGAGGCCCCUCUGCAGACUCUUCACAUGGACGUGUGGGGCCCAGCCCGCGUCCGUGGACAGGGUCACGAGCGUUACUUUCUGCUGGUCGUUGACGACUACUCGCGUUACACCACAGUCUUCCCCUUGCGCAGCAAGGGUGAGGUCACUGAGGUGUUGAUCGACUGGAUCCGCGGUGCUCGUCGCCAGCUUAGUGAGAGUUUCGGCUCCGACCUUCCUGUUCUGCGUCUGCACUCAGACAGAGGCGGGGAGUUUUCCUCCGACCUCCUGAGAGCCUUCUGUCGUUUGGAGGGCAUCCGCCAGACGUUCACGCUUCCGGCCUCCCCGCAGCAAAAUGGGAUUGCUGAGCGCCGCAUUGGCAUGGUCAUGGAUGUCGCUCGUACGUCCAUGAUCCAUGCGGCUGCUCCCCAUUUUCUGUGGCCGUUCGCGGUUCAGUACGCUGCGCAUCAGAUCAACCUUCAGCCUCGUGUCUCCUUGCCGGAGACCACACCUACUCUGCGGUGGACGGGGAAGGUUGGCGAUGCGUCCGCGUUUCGUGUCUGGGGAUCUCGAGCUUUUGUCCGCGAUACUACUGCGGACAAGCUGUCCUCCCGUGCCGUUCCCUGUGUCUUCCUUGGCUUCCCUCCUGACGCACCCGGGUGGCAGUUCUACCACCCCACCUCGCGUCGUGUUCUGUCCUCUCAGGACGUCACGUUCGACGAGUCGGUGUCGUACUACCGUGUGUCCCAGGUAGACCCUGCCGAGCCGGUCGAGGUAGCUGUCGACUCAGGUGCUGCUAGGGGUGCUGACCCUGCGGGUGCAGGGACUGGGGGUGCUGAGUCUGGGGGUGCUGAGUCUGGGGGUGCUGAGACUGGGCGUGCUGAGCCUGGGGGUGUGGCGCCUGAGGGUACUGUGUCUGGAGUGGUACUCUCGGCGCUGUCGGGUUGCUGCUGGGGUGCUGCUGGUGCUGCUGGUGCUGGAGCUGCUGGAGGUGCUGCUGGUGCUGGAGGUGCUACUGGAGCUACUGGAGGUGCUGGCGCUGCUGGAGGUGGUGCUGGUGCUGGAGCUGCUGGAGGUGCUGCUGGUGCUGGAGCUGCUGGAGCUGUUGGAGGUGCUGGUGCUGCUGGAGGUGGUGCUGGUGCUGGAGGUGCUGGAGGUGCUGCUGGUGCUGGAGCUGCUGGAGCUGCUGGUGGUGCUGGUGCUACUGGAGGUGGUGCUGGUGCUGGAGCUGCUGGAGGUGCUGCUGUUGCUGGUGGUGCUGGUGCUGGAGCUGCUGGAGGCGCUGUGCGGCCGCGGCCGUACUACGUUCCGCUCCUUCAGCAGCGUGUCCCUCUGCCCUCUCCUCCUGCGUCCUCUCUUCCUGACGGUCCGGACCCGGAGUCUGACUCCCUUCGUGCUGCUAGUCCUACUGUCACCCGCUUUCUGGCCACUGCAGUCACUGACCCUCUGUUUGAGUCCUCUGCUGCGUCUGCUCUUGUUGCUGAGCUUGUUGACUUUGUUGCAGCCUGUCGCCUAGACUACGCUGCUAGUCUUGUUGCUGAGUCUGCGUCUGCGUCUGUCUGUCCUCCGUCCGUCGGGGGUGAGUGUGCUUUUGGCACGGACGUCCUUGAGGACAGACAGGAGGACCUUGAGUGUUUUGCUGCUGCUUCACCUCAUCUCGUGUCCAUGCUGCUUGCCCCUGAGGGAGACCCGGAUGCACUAGACAUCCCGACCCCGCGCUCUUACGCAGAGGCGAUAGAGGGUCCCUACUCCUCUCAGUGGCAGGCAGCCAUGGACGCAGAGAUGGCUUCCUGGAAGUCCACAGGCACCUACGUAGACGAGGUUCCCCCACCUGGGACAAACAUCGUCAGUGGCAUGUGGAUCUUCAGGGUGAAGCAGCCGCCGGGUUCUCCGCCUGCCUUCAAGGCGCGUUACGUUGCACGUGGCUUCAGUCAGCGACAGGGAGUUGACUUCUUUCAGACCUUCUCCCCUACCCCGAAGAUGACCACUCUUCGGGUACUGCUGCACGUUGCUGCUCAGCGUGACUACGAGGUCCACUCGCUUGACUUCAGCACAGCCUUCCUACAGGGCAGCCUGCACGAGGAGAUCUGGCUGCGCCGCCCACCUGGCUUCACUGGGUCGUUUCCUACUGGUACCCAGUGGAGCCUCCGGCGGCCAGUCUACGGUCUCCGCCAGGCGCCCCGUGAGUGGCACGACACGCUCAGGACGACUCUUGCUGCUCUUGGUUUUGCUCCUUCCACUGCUGACCCUUCUCUGUUUCUACGCACUGACGCUACUCUGCCGCCGUUCUACGUUCUUGUGUACGUAGACGACCUUGUCUUUGCUACUGCUGACACGGAGGCACUCGCCCACGUGAAGUCCGAGCUGCAGAAGAGACACACGUGCACAGACCUGGGUGAGCUCACAAGCUAUCUUGGCUUGCGGAUCACCCGGGACAGAGCACAGCGCACCAUUACCUUGACUCAGUCACACAUGGUGCAGCAGGUCCUUCAGCGCUUCGGCUUCACGUACUCCUCGCCACAGUCCACUCCUCUGCCUACCGGUCACUCGCUCUCAGCUCCACCUUCGGACGAGUCCGUAGAGCCGAGUGGCCCGUAUCCAGAGCUUGUGGGCUGCCUCAUGUACCCGAUGACUUGCACACGACCUGACCUCGCAUACCCUCUCAGCCUUCUGGCUCGCUACGUGGCUCCCGGCAGGCACCGAAAGGUGCACUGGGAUGAUGCGAAGAGGGUGUUGCGAUACUUGUGCAGUACAUCGGGCAUGGGGCUCGUGCUUGGAGGACGGGCUCGAGUUGUCCUCACUGGUCACGCUGACGCCUCCUGGGUUGACGACUUGGCUACGCAGCGGUCGUCACAGGGUUACACCUUCAGCCUUGGCUCCGGUUCUGUCUCCUGGCGGUCUACCCGCUCUUCUUCUGUUCUCAGCUCCAGUUGCGAGGCUGAGAUCUACGCUGGGGCCAUGGCUGCACAGGAGCUUCGCUGGCUCACCUACCUGCUGACCGACUUGGGAGAGGCGCCUCGUUCUCCUCCAGUUCUGUACGUCGACAACAAGGCCAUGCUGGCCUUGUGUCAGGAGCACAGACUGGAGCACAGAACGAAGCACAUUGCUCUGCGUUACUUCCUUGCUCGAGAGUUGCAGCAGCGUGGCCAGCUUCGUCUUGCUUACGUGGCCUCUCAGGCCAACACUGCUGAUGUUUUCACCAAGGCACUUCAGCCUUGUGAUCAUCAGCGUUUCUGUACUGUGUUAGGCCUUGUACCUACUGUGCCUCACUUGUUGACUUCUUGA